AUGCAACCAGAGACCGAGAACCACGCUGAGACUGCAAAGGAGACACCCGCGGCUGCCUCAGCUCCCGCAGCUCCCAUGUUAGCUGGCAUCACUGACCUGGGCAAGAUCAACUCUAUGCCUGUAUCAGGAGCAGACGGCACAAUCAUCCCUCACCAGACAACUGAGUCGGGGCCAGCGUUGAGCCAUUCUGGGGCCGAGACGGACUCGAAGAAUGCCCUUUGCGAUCUCUUGGAUCAGCAGGUAGACCUUCACAGUUCCAAGACCAAUGACCCCCCCUUCCCAUUCCAUACCCAUACUCAGCAAAAUACACACGCAUCAAAUCCGUUGACUGCUGAUGUUCACAACACUGCUCAUGGUACGUCGGAUAACCAGACUGGCGCCUGCGCCGACCGCCCUGCGUCGGGAGCAAAGGCGCCAUGCCGUCAGUGUGUGGAGUCGAGGCUGAGGCAACAGGCUGCCAACAUGGCAGUCAACUCAGGUUUGCCAAACGGAACAACUACAUCCACCACGAGUCAGGCUCCUCUCCCGCCGUCUUCUGUGCAACAGCCUUGGACAAACCUCUUGGGACUUAACCCGUACCAUAACGCGAUGGCUGGAGCCAUGUACAACCCGCUCCUGCAACAAUCUUUAAUGGCUGGACCAGCUGGUCACUUUGCAGUCCACCCACAACAACCGCAUCUCGGUGCCGGGAUUCCUCCCCAACAGCCAGCGGGACACAUGUUCCAUCUCGGACCUACUUCGCCGGUCCCGCAAACACCGGCGUACGUUGCGCAACAGCCGCCCACCCAACCAUUCAAACUAGCCGGGGGAGCAACCGCCUCGAAACCGCAAGCAAACAGGGUCCCCGACACGCAACCGACGACCAAACACAUCAUUGUCGAUAUCGCAGACACCUGCCUGAACAUGUUUCCCUUUCAAGAGGUAGCGAAGCGACAUAACCAACCGGAACAGAAAAUCAGGGACAUUUUCUCCGCCGUCAUUCAGGUCCCGCUGCUCCGUUGUCCCACGGACAAGAGAAGGGCCGGCAAGCUGGGCACGGCGAGGGUCAAGGAGUUUACGCAGGCGAAGAAGGAGGUGCAGGCGCAGAAGGGGAACACUGGCCAGCAGCAGAUCCGGCAGGAUUCUCCGAACCAGAACCAAAGUCAGAUGUCGUAUGUGCCUUCGGCGUGGGAUGUUGCGCAGUUCAUGGGCCCAAGCGAUGUGCGGCUUGGGGCGUUGCCAAAGCAUUCUCCGCCUUGGUGA